CUAAUUUCAAUUUUCAAGUCAUGGUUCGUAAAUAUUAUUGAAUUCAAUAAAAGUGUGUUUAGAAAUCAACACUAGUACAGAAAGAUUAGUCGUAUAUGAGAAUCUUACAGAAUAAGAUGGAAAAUAACGGUUCAUCCGACGGUGCAGACAGGACAAGAGAGGAAGCUAGUGAGGUGCCGCUUAUCGUCAAUGAUCACAAUGUGAUUGAUGAUUGGCUCGAUACUAACAAUAGUCAGCUGUCCCAAUUUCAGCAACAAAAUAAUUCUACCUAUACGCCUCCGGGAGUCUCAUUGGACUUAACGGAAUUUUUGUUGUUUCGCCCAAGGCCUGGUCCGAAUUCACUAGCAGUCAUUGAGGACGACUCGCGGAACGACUCACGGGAAACAGAUUUCAGCGGAGAUGGUUCCACUAGAAACAUUAUUAACACAGAAACUAAAGACGUAGAAGAAAAAGUUACCGAGGGUGAUGCAAAUGAAUUGGAAACGCAAAUCGACAGCGAAUCCGUCAAGGAAAAUGAAAUAGGAACGAACACUGUUAUCUUGGACUCAGACGUACCGACGAGCAAUUGGUCGCCCGGGGAUCCCCGACCAUCGACGUCGUCACUCAACUCGAUGCCGCGCCACAACUCCUUCAAGUCCACCACGACGAACAAUAGCAACAGUCGGAGUGCCCAGGACAAGCCCUACCCCUGCGACCUGUGUGAUAAAAGCUACACCCGAAAAUACGAUCGUACGCAACACAUGCGCGAAUGCACCGGGAAGGGGCCCUACCCCUGCGACCUGUGCAAUAAAAGCUACACCCGAAAACACGAUCGUAACCGACACAGGCUCACCCACAACGGGAAGAAGCCCUACACCUGCGACCUGUGCAAUGAAAGCUACGCUGACAAUCGCAAUCUUAAGCGACACAUGCGCACCCACACCGAGAACAAGCUCUACACCUGCAAACUGUGCGAUAAAAGCUUCGCCCGAAAAUAUAAUCAUACGCUACACAUGCUAACCCACACCAAGAACAAGCUCAAAAACCCUUGCCCCGAAUGCGGCCAACAGUUCAUCACGUUCGAAGAAAUGAUGAACCAUCGGCUCAUCCACACCGUCCAGAAGCCUUACAAGUGUCAACUGUGCGAGUACGCAACCCAUUGCAAAGAUGGGCUCAGCAGCCACAUGAAGACUCACUCUACGGACAGAGUCUUAGGCUCGUCGUCGUCGUCGUCGGGAGCAAUCCCAGCAGAACCUGUUCGUCAGGAGCAGCCCGAGGCAGCCCAGGCUCUAAUCGAACUCGCCGGCAACGAGACAAUUUUGCCUCGAGACCAAAUUGCACCACAAGUAGAUCAACACGAAAUGUCGCAGCCAGACCACGAUGGUGAACCCAUUGAACCAAGGUAUCACCUAUACCUGUGAUAUCUGCGGAAAGACAUGCACAAAAGAGUGAUCUCAAUAGGCACGUACGAUCAUCGACACAAGGUAUCACUCAAACCUGUGAUGCAUUCGGAAAUAAAUUCGCGCAUCAAGUCACUCUCCAAACCCACAUAAAGCAUUUACCUUCACGCUGCGAAUGGAAAGAAAUUUAAAAAAACCAAUCGCCAAACUCAUAUUAAUUCGAUGCAAAAUGGUAUCACUGAUAAGUUAUUUUAUGUGCGGAUAGACAUUGACACUGGGAGGAGCUCCGAAAACUCAAAUUUUUUUUAAUGAUGAAGUCUAAUUUUUCCAUUUAAUACUGAGGGGGACUGAAGCCUCUUCUUAAAUUUUUUUAUGAUUUAUGUAUACAAGAUAAAACGGACUGUGAGAAUAAUUUAUAGAGCAUGUAAACAGAUUAUGUAUAGAAUAUGUAAAUUUUAUAGAACAUGUAAAUUUUCAAAUCUAUUAAAUACUAAUUGCAAUGUAAGGUUUUAAAAUCUAAUUAAUUUGCUCAAAAACCUGGUCCAUAGGUUUUAUUCAACAC